ACACCGAUUCCUCAAAACAUGAUUCUGAUUUAAAACGCAAUUCAACCAGGACCAUUACUUUUUUUCCAAAAACAUAAUCUUUAAUUAAGUUUUCGACAUUUUAACUAUAAAAAUAGAACUAUAGGUCUAAGUGAGGAGAGAAUACAUAUACUCUGCAGAGAGAGAGAGAUGGCGGGGAAGCUGCUGCUGUCAACGGCAUGCAUAAGAAAUGAAAACGGGAGCUUGUCGGCACAGCCGCUGUAUCCAUCGAUGCCGAGUUACCCUAAGAGCACGAGCUUCUCAUCGGACGAAGAAAAAUGCAUGGAGGGUUUGGAGGCGAAGGCCCUCUUCUCCGUCACCGGCAUGACGUGCUCCGCCUGUGCUGCCUCAGUCGAGAAGGCCGUCAAGCGCCUCCCCGGGAUCAAGGAAGCCGCCGUUGAUGCCUUGAACCACCGUUCGCUUGUCGUGUUUUGCCCCGCUUUUGUCAAUGAAGAAGAGAUCCGUGAAGCAAUAGAAGACGCAGGAUUCCAAGCCACAUUGAUACGAGAAGAUUCCAGAAACAACGGCAACCGCCAUCUCAUCUGUCGAAUCCUCAUAAACAACCUCAACUGCAUCUCCUGCUCCAUCACCCUCCAAUACUACUUAUCAUCCCUACACGGCGUCGCACAAGCUUCCACUUCCACCCACCACCUCCAAGUCCACUACGACCCACGCCUUGUCGACUGCGCCCAGAUCCUCCAACUUGUCCACGACACCGGCUUCGAGGGCGUCCUCCUCACCACCGGCGAGGACAGGUGUACUGUGCACCUCCACCUCGACGGCCUCCCUGAUCAUACCCUCAUCGGCAAGUCCCUCGGGGCUCUGCAAGGCGUCGAAGAGGUGACCUUCGACGCUGAGCUCAGCAAGCUCUCGAUUUCCUACGAGCCCGAUCUCGUAGGGCCUCGAGACUUUAUUAAAACGAUUGAGUCGUUUGAGGAUGUGAAGGUGACCAUCUUCUCCGGAAAGGGAGGAAGAGAGGCUGAUCGCCAAAUUGAAAUCAAAGCAUACUACACGUCUUUUCUAUGGAGCUUAUUCUUCACGCUUCCUGUGUUCCUCACGUCCAUGGUGUUAAUGUACGUCCCUGGCGUGAAUCGCGUGUUGGAGGGCAAAAUCGUAAAUAUGCUCACCGUGGGGACGGUUGUGCGGUGGGCUCUGACGACGCCGGUGCAGUUCAUCAUCGGCCGGCGGUUCUAUGUCGGCGCGUACAAAGCUUUGAAGCGGAGAGCCGCGAAUAUGGACGUUUUGAUCGCGUUGGGGACGAACGCUGCUUACUUGUAUUCGGUUUAUUCGGCCAUCAGAUCUGCGAGUUCGGAUGAUUUUGAAUCAACGGAUUUCUUCGAGACAAGCGCGAUGCUGAUCUCGUUCAUUCUGUUGGGGAAGUAUCUGGAGGUUGUGGCGAAGGGGAAGACGUCGGAGGCGAUAGAGAAGCUGAUGGAUUUGUCGCCGGAGACGGCGACCCUGAUGACGGCGGAGGGGGAGGAGGAGGAGAUUGAUAGUCGGUUGGUGCAGAAGAACGACGUGUUGAAGAUCGUGCCUGGUGCUAAAGUGGCGUGUGAUGGGGUAAUUGUGUGGGGGCGGAGCCAUGUGAGCGAGAGCAUGAUCACCGGAGAGUCGAAGCCGGUGGCGAAGGGGAAGGGAGACGCAGUGAUCGGAGGGACGCUGAAUGCGAACGGAGUCCUUCACGUUAGAGCGACCAAGGUGGGAUCGGAGAGUGCCCUAGCGCAGAUUGUGCGGCUGGUUGAAUCAGCGCAGUUAGCCAGAGCUCCAGUGCAGAAAUUCGCGGAUCUCAUUUCCAAAUUCUUCGUCCCCCUGGUUAUAGUUGCGUCGAUAAGCACGUGGUUUGGUUGGUUUUGGGCAGGGAAGCUGAAGGGGUAUCCUGAAUCCUGGAUUCCUGGCUCAAUGGAUGGGUUUGAGCUUGCGCUUGAGUUUGGGAUAUCGGUGAUGGUGAUAGCGUGCCCAUGCGCGCUUGGGUUGGCGACUCCAACUGCAGUCAUGGUUGGUACUGGAGUUGGUGCUUCCCAAGGCGUGCUCAUUAAAGGCGGGCAUGCUUUGGAGAACACUCAUAAGGUAAACUGCGUAGUCUUCGACAAGACAGGAACUCUCACAAUCGGGGCGCCGGUCGUAGUCAAUGCCAAUCUCUUGAAAGACAUCAACAUUCAAGAAUUUACUUCUCUUGCUGCUGCUGUCGAGGUGAACAGCGAGCAUCCAUUAGCAAAGGCGAUAGUCGAGUACGCUAAAAAGUGCUGGCAACAAGACAAUGAAGAAGAAAGCAGCUGCCCGAUAUGGCCGGAAGCGUGCGACUUUGAGGCCAUAACAGGGCAGGGCGUGAAGGCAGUGGUUCGAGGAAGACAAGUGUUGAUCGGAAACAAGAGCUUGAUGUUGGAUCACAGCGUCGAUAUCACCACAGAUGUUGAAGAGAAACUCAAGGAAGCCGAAGGAUUGGCCCAAACUGGGAUUCUGAUAUCGUUUGACAGACAAGUGCAUGGGAUUCUUCUUGUGUCCGAUCCAUUGAAACCGGGGGCCCGAGAAGCCAUCUCCAUUCUCAAAUCGAUGAAGAUUACUAGUAUAAUUAUGACAGGUGAUAAUUUGGGAACUGCGAAUGCGAUUGCAAAAGAGGUGGGAAUUGAUGUUGUUUUCGCACAAGCUAAACCUCAAGACAAAGCACAAAAGGUGAAGGAACUACAGGCUGCAGGCAAUGUGGUGGCCAUGGUGGGUGACGGAAUAAACGACUCACCAGCGCUGGUGGCAGCAGACGUGGGGGUGGCGAUUGGUGCGGGCACAGAUAUUGCGAUCGAGGCUGCGGACGUGGUGUUGAUGAAGAGCAACCUCGAGGAUGUUAUAACUGCUAUAGAUCUUUCCAGGAAAACGUUUUGGAGAAUUAGGCUUAAUUAUAUAUGGGCAUUAGGGUACAACACUCUAGGGAUUCCGCUUGCGGCAGGGGCGCUCUUCCCUUGGACUAGGUUCCGCCUGCCGCCGUGGCUGGCUGGCGCCGCUAUGGCGGCCUCAUCAGUUAGCGUGGUUUGCAGCUCUCUGUUGUUGAAGAACUAUAAGAGGCCAAAGGUUCUUGAUGCUCUCGCAAUGCAACAAACACCUAAUUUGUAACUCUAUCUUAGAUUCUACUGGUGUCUUAUGUUGUAAAUUAGUAUUUGCAUCCUUGAUAUAAUGUUACGUUUUGACUUGGUAUA